GAAGCGGAGGGUGAAUUUGUUUGAGCACACGCUGUCAGGACUGAGCUGAUGUGAGCGCUGCAUCAAGUGCGCGGCGGUGAUGCUCCCGUAUAAAACAGCCCGCUGUAUUUUGGCACAGAGGGGGACGCAUCAGUUUAACCCUCGGCUCUGCCCUCCGGACUCGCUCAUCCAGUAUUCAGCCUAGAUAAGUUGAGGGGAUGUGUGAUCCAAUUGCGAGGAAUCCUGCUGCACGAUAUUCCUGAGGAUCUCUCUCUGUUCGUUUUUUUUCCUCUCUUCAACUUCGAUGGCUUGAGUGGCCCAUUUGCACUCAUGCUUGCAGCCGAGGAGGGAUGUAAGGUACGGGCCAUCUACCGCCCUCACAUUGCGCGGAGUAGCGGCGUGAUUCAGGUCGCUAUCUGAGUGCCAGUAAGAAAAAAACUACUUUCGAGAUGUGAAUUUUCGAGAUUUGCUACUCAUCCCACCGGCUCGCCUGUCCUAUGCUAUCGAAAACGGGAUUUCAAAGGGAAGAUGAUUGUGGCAUAAACUAUUUCUGGAGACGCUUGUCACAGAUAUCGCCGCUGAACUGGACAGGGUGGAUGGUUAUUUCCCAAACUGUCCAAGCCUAUGUAUACCGCAUCCGCUUGUUGGAAACGCUGCCUAGUAUCUUCGAGAACAGCACAAGAGGGAUGCUCGUCCAAGAUCUAAUGCCAUUUACUUUAAGUUGUUGGCCUUUUUUCUUCGGUCAUUGCUUUCUCUCACUGUUUUUACUCUCAUGCCAGGGAGAACUCCAGAGGUCAUGCUCACGGACUGUGGCGGAGAAAGUUAGUGAACAGUGCCAGCUGGCAUGCCACUGUCGAAGAUACCCUCCCCUUCCUCCUCCACCGCCUCCACCGCCUCCCCCACGGCUACUGGGCACCACAGUGGCAGAGCCCAUGGUGCCUUCGUUGAGGCCCUGGUGGAUGGAGAUGGACAUUAUAGUGCUUGGAACGGUGGGCUGUGCCUCAGUGGUCUUCCUCCUCUCAGCCAUCAUCAUCUGCUACAAGGCCAUCAAGAGGAAACCACUACGAAAAGAAGAGAAUGGGACAAGUCGUGGGGAAUAUGCCAUGAGCAUCCGUAACAAGAAGGCCAUGGGUACGAACAACACUGUGGUAUAGACUAUCUCCCGGUAGAAGCAGGAAGUGACAUCACAAUUACUGUCUCUCACCUUUCCCCCGACUACAACAAUCCCUUCUGAACCAGAAUGCAUCUGGGUUUUACCCGAGGUUUUCAAAUAGGUAAAGCUUCUCUCUUUGCUUGGCAUGUUGCCCAGACUGAAGACACCAUUCAGCUCGAGAGGAGCUGCAAAAGAUGGAAGGAAAAAAAAUCAAGGCAGGAAGGACGGAGAGAAAAAUCCACAAACCCCCAUGGUGUUGAAAGUGGCACAGCAGGCUGAACAUUACUGUUCUUAGUAACAGCAAGUGUUGCUGACAGGCUGGUUGGCUGCUGGCUGGAGAGGGACUGUCUGCCAGUCUGCCGCAGAUCCAGACCUCACACACUGUUGACAUCUGCAAUGGAACAACAGACAAUACAGCAGCCCUGCAGUCCCGUGGGCGGCCAGACAGGACAGCCCAUCACACACAAUAAAUAUAGUGCAUGCAGUUUUUACAGAGAAUGCAACGUUUUUUAUAUUCCAAUCCACACACUCUCCAUCUUUUGUUCUCCAUUUUUGAGACAGAUGAUUUAUGAGAGGCAUGAUGUUAGUGUCAGCCCUGACUCUGAGAUAUGGAUUCAUCUGACUAUGCAAUUUAAAGAAAAUCCAUGAACAAAAGAAAGAGGAGCAAGGACAUCAACAUGGGACGUUUUGGUUAUUUUACCCUGCCAAAAAUGCCACAGAAGACUUAGGCUCAAUGUAAUAUAUUUCAGUCAUUCACUGAUUUAUUUGCUCUAUUUAUUUACUUAUCUACCUUUAAAUUUAUUUUUCUACUUCAAAGGAAAAAACUUGUCUUGUACAUCACUCACAUCUUAACACAUCUUGAACAUCUUGAUGAAUUCAUUUUAUUUCUUGAUAGCUCUGUUUUUUUUAAGUGAAUAAUUUAUAAACCAUAUAAUUCAUUUGUGAUGCUCCAAUGCUUUAAGCCUGCUGUCAGUUUGUUGAGACACUGAUGCAGAAAACACGCUCUGCAAAGAGUUUUGGUAUCAGUUGUCUUGUCUCUGGCUGUUUGAUAUGCUUUUUUCUGUUUUCCUGAGACUCCAGCUAAGGAGUCAGGGGUCUCUAUGAUGUGCUAUGUGAAUGUGCAUUUUCCAAACAUUAAUUCUGUACAGCACAAUGUGCCAGCCCCUGUUUGCAAUUUGUUGAUUCAAUGUAACCCCCACCCCCCAAGAAAAAGAACACAAAAACAAACAAAAAAACGUUAAACAUGCUAUUACAUCAUUAAAUCAUUUGGUUAAAUCUUGUUGUUUCAGAGUCUCGGGGUCAGUUAGAUGCCUUCAGCCAUGUUUUCUUUGGAUUUAACAAUCUAGGGUGUUUCUAUCUGUCAAGAAGGGCUUAGCCCAUUGCUAUAGAAACAGGGGACAUGAGCCCAGGGCUGACCUUGUGACUGGUGAGAGACAGGAGACUUAGCCAAUAGCCGGAGAUCAGGUUGCACAGAGGAUGGCCUCAGUGGGGAUGUGUGUGACUCAGUGCUGUCACAGGCAUCCUCCACAACCCCGCUGGAAAAACACAACUGAGCUGAACUGGAGCAUCACUCAACGCUGCUGUGCUUUUUUUUUCUAACAUUAAUUCUAUGUGUGUCUGUGUCUGUGUGUGUGCGCAUGCGUAUGUGUGUGUUUGUGUGUGUGAGUAUGAGUGUGUGUGUGUGUGUCUGUCUGUCUGUCUGUCUGUGAGUGUGCAUGCAGAUGAGUGUACUCAGCCAGAGUGGGCUGUACUCUAUGGCUGUCAGUUAAGCAUAGAUAUUGGCUAAACUGUGGAAAUUUGGAAAAACACAUGCUUGUAUCUGAACAUGCACAGUUUAUUAGCUAACAGUAUACCCCACCGUGUAUGUAUAUGAGAGAAAUGAUGGAUGCAUGAAUGUAAAUAUUGGUAUUUAAAUAUCUGCCUUCUGGACUGUUAAUUAAUGUACAGUGUAACAGGACAUAUGUUUAUACAUCGUAAAACUGAAACAAUGUGCUACCAUUUAGAAUUAUGUCAAUGUUGUCAUGUUGAUGGAGCAAGCCAUUAAUGUAUAUAUGGCAAUCAAUAGUACAUACACAAUUUAUGCAUUAUAUCAAACAGAUAGAAAGAUGUGCAUAAGUUGGUUUCAUUGCUGAGUUUUUCAGUUGUAAAUAAAACUGUA